CCAAAAAUGGUGCAACGUGGGUUUCGGCUAGUUUAUAAUAUUUAUGUGGCUAGUUGUAGGAGUAUUAACUUGCUACAUGCUGCGCUGUGCUGUAUUCUGUUUUCUCAGUAAUGUUCUAUCUUCCUUAAGCCUUGUGCUCAAAACCUAGUAUAUGACAAAAGAACAUGCAAACGAAAUUUAAAUUUGAUGCAACUUAGUAAUUGAGGCAAGAUACGCAUGCACCUGAUAGCGCAUGCUUGAAUAGAACUUACCACUCACAAGUCUUGAAGAGAUUACGUAGACAAAAAGGUUCUUUUUUUCGGUUGAACAAAGUGAAUAAGAAAAUAAUUCAGCAGUAUCUUUUACUUAGUUCCAUCGGCCAUGACUAAUUAAUGCUACUUUGAAAGUGAGACAAAUCUCUAUCACACAACAAACAUGUUUACAGCCACCGCUAUCCUAUACGCCAUCAGCAACACCAUCAAAUAUUUCACCACCCGUGUACCAGUUCACCCCACCCUCUCUUUCUUCAACCAACGCCCAGUUGUCUACACAAGCAAUCAUAACUGUGAUGUGUGCAAAUAAAAUUUUUAUUUUCUGAAUUUGUUUAGUAAAAAAGUAAACGUUUGUUUAAAGGGGCUACGAAACGAUUCAAUAAGGUUAAUCCCUGCAAAUUCAGAAGAUUGGCAUGUAAUGGAUGGACUAUUUAAAGGGUAAAGGUGCAGGAAAUUAUACACACUUUAGAACCAGAUAGACGCCUAGAAAGCUUGUUUACGAGUAAUUACUUUUAUAAUGAAUUCGCUACUAAAAAAAAUUAAUCCUUUUAGUGUUCUUUUUGGGGGUAAGCUAUGGUCUGCAUGUAUGUUAAAUAUCAGUAAAUUGGAAACGUGUUUUGACGAGGAAACAGGGUAAUACGAGGAACUGUAUUUGUUAAAAAAGAGCUACUAGCUUUAAGAAGGUAAUUAAUACCUCUAAAAGGAUUUUAAAGUUAUGUUGUUGGUCAGGCUGGUUUUAUGUGCAAUAGACUUAUAUUUUUCUAUGCAAAACUUGGAAGGAUAAACUAGCUAGCUUGUGCAAAAGAUUUAAAGUUUAUUUUAUUAAAAAGUUCGAGUUAAAACCAAGGUAAGUUCUUAUAUCGAAUAAAUUUAUGGAUAUCCAAUACACGUAGGGAACUUUUCUGUCAUUUUCUGUUAUAUUUGGAUGUCCAAUAUGAUACUUAAGAUGAUUUAAGUUGUUGUUUUUGUCUUCAGUGAUCAUAAACCUUUUCAGCGCCAUUAGCUUGACUUUUGUGAAAGUCUCUAAAGUCGAAAACCAACAGCCGUUUCGUGAUCCCUUUAAAGAAACACAAAAUAGAGUUUCCAUACAAUGCACAGAAACAACGUCACGCAGUAGGAUUUAAUUAAUUUUCUAAUUGACUUUUGCAAUAGAUUGCCCGUACUGCAAACAUCAAACUAGUAAACUUAGUACUUGCUUUUCGUACCUCGCUACUGCAGUUGCCAUGGAAAAAUCCACAGGAUCGUCCGUCUUUAAAUUAAACGGUAUUUCGUGUGGCCGUUGCACGACGCUUAUUUCGCGGACAGACAGACAAAAAACGACUAUUAUUAACGACUAGUCGUUACCCGUGAAAAAAUCCACGGGUUCGCCCGUCCUUUAUAUAUAUACCCGUGGCAAAAAAGUGGAUAAAAUAUAUUGCAUUUGAUAUUCGUGUUUCCGUAACAUAAUUUUCUACCUCAGCAGGGGGUUUGCGCAGAGACAGACAGAAGAAAUACGGCUAUUAUUAUAGAGAAAUUACAAAAAAUGAGCUUUAAGAAAAACCCGGAAUUUUUCCCUUUAAUAAUUCUUAUCAAAAGCAACAAGGAACAAAUCCAUUUGUCAGUUACGCAUGAACAUAUGAUGUCACUACCUAUGAUCCUCCUCAAAUUGUGUCGUUUGUAUACGAAUAACAUGACAAAAACAAUCAACAAGAGGGAUUUUCUAAUCAACUUGACAUCAAAAAUCAAUUAAGCAAACGAAAUUAAUAAUUUAUCUACAAUACAAUCUUAAUUAAAAUAUAGACUGGUUUAAAUAAUUAAUACUUUGAAAAAAAAUUUGCAGUCAGCUUUUUCGCAGGUUAGAUAAGGAAUCACAGCCGCACUUACGUGUAUACCUAGCUACCUAGCCAACCUAAUGAGGCAAUUAGAAUUAAUAAUGUGCUCGAUUUACUACUAACGACACACAAGGUUUAAACAUUUCGGUAAUCCAGAUGUGUCGUUGAUUAACAAAAAGGAAAAAACAUUUACAUCAAGAAUUGUUUGUGGAAACGAGUGGUGAUUGAAGUUUGAAUAUCAACCACAUCAACUGACAUCUCUAAUUUCAUAACAACCUCUUGUUUUGAUUGAAAUUAAAUCAAGCUAUAUUUAAAACAAGAAAUUGAAAGUAAUCAGCUGUUAGGACCACAACAAGUGAAGUUAUUAGAAUGUUAGCACAAGGCUCCGAAGGAACUGGUGAAACUACACCGAGAGUUCCAAAAUCGACGACACACCGAAUAGUGACAACAAUACGAGUACUUGGUAUUAUUCAUAUUAUCAAUGGCGUCAUCUUAGUGAGUGUCGGUAUCACCAUAUUAAAUGUGUUGGACAAAAGAACAAGCAACAACACAAAUGGUGCGCCCGUAUGGGGCGGUAUUUGCAUGAUAUCAGCUGGCGUACUUGGAAUUUUAUUAUGCCAUAACGAGCGCCGAAAAUUUGUCGCAGCUAUAACAUACUUUAAUGUUUUUACUGGUAUUGUUUCAAUGAUAUCGUCGGCUCUGUUCAUAACAGGCUUAAGAUAUUAUGUAACUUGCCGUGCAACCUCGUAUCUAUACAAGAGAGAUAACGAUGGUAACAUGCGCGUGGUUGGUCACUACAAUCCAAUAUAUUGUAGGCAGGGACAUAAUGGCGGACCACCUUUGUACGCAAUUGUUCUUAUACUUGCAAUAGGGGAGAUCAUAGUUUCUAUGGGAACAUCAUUCUACAGUGUGAAAAUACACAAAGCUAGGUGUUCUGAUUUCUCCUCAUUUUUCACUUCAUCACGACAAUCGCAAGUAAUUCAAGCACCUCACCAACACAAUCAAUCACUACUUCGUGCGCAAUAUUUAAUUCAAUCAAGCACGCUAGACCAACCUCCCACGUUACCCCACCAAACUCAAAUUUUAUCGAACGCGUUAGGACAGCGGUUUAUGUUAGUUCCACUAGCUGAUGAUCAACAUAUCAAUUUGGAAACUUCUUAUCAUUAUACAUUUCCAUUACAGAACCCUCCACCGCAGUAUUCCGAAAUUGAUAAUCAAGAAAGUAAUACGCAAUUUGCAAAUGGACAGCAAGAUGAAGAUGACACUAUUUUUUUAUCGCCUCCACAAUACAGUCCGUAAAAGCAUUAUUUUAAUUUUCUCGUGUGUGAAUAGUUCCGGUUUCGAUAAUAUGACGAUUAUAUGAAGCAACAAAAGCAACCAAAACAAAGACAUUCUCUUACCAUACAAUUUUUCCUGUCUACAUGAAACACCAUCGUACUGACUUUUGCUCUGAAGCUUUACUCUAAACAACAAUCAUAUCUUUGUAUUUACAUCUCCUGUUUUCUUUCUAAGAGACUGUUACCUAGGACUACUGCUAGAGAAAUAUUAUCGUGUGCUUUUCUCAAUAAUAUUUUUUGUGAUGGAUGCAUUUGGGGUAUUUCAAAGCCUUAUGCUAGAAUGUUGAUCGAAAAUAUUGCUGCAGACACUGACAAAUUUUAUUCUAUUUUACUUUAUUGUCCAAAAAGUUGGAAAGUAAGUAUGUUUGCAAUAACAUCAUAGAACGAAUUAGCAAAAUACCUGAAUACUUCAGUUGAAUUUGAUGUCACGUGUCUUCUUCGCAAUUCUAACUUGUGCCUCAUGAUUCUACAUAAUUGUAUGUGUCUGUUGCAUUCUCAAAUAUAUCCAACCUUUUACAAGGAUAAAUAGUUGUAUAUAAAUUAACUGUUCAGUCUCAAAUUUCUUUAUACAUAAAUGUAAAAUUUGUAAAUUUUAUUUUAAAAAACAUCUUUAAGUUUAUUAAAUGUAAUAUAUUGUAUCAUACAGAAGGCCUAAAUCUUAGAAAACACCCUCUG